CACACACACACACAUCAUGGCUGCUUCCAGGUCUCCGUGUGUCUCUGCUGCUGCUGCUGCCGCUGCAAAAGCUUUGUUUGUCCAAAGCAGCUGAUGGGAAUUGCCUUGCGCCACUAACAUUUCUCCGCAUUUAUUUAUUAGGUGGGGAAUUAGCUGCAGGAAAGUGCCGGGGAGUCUAUGGGGGAGCAGCUCUUUGUGUGUCUCAGCAGCACAAACGAGCCAAAAAGGAGGGAGGGGGGCAGGAGAAAGGAGAUUCUGGUGCAGCCUGAAAAGUUCAUGUAAAAGCUCCAUCAGCUCAUUCAGGUAUGACCCUGGAGCUCUGAUAGACUUCCUAACUCAGUGUGAUGCAGCAUGGAAAGUCUCAGCCCUCCCAUAAUGUUUGAUUUCAGCACGAGCAGUGGUGGAACCAUGGUCACCCCUGGGAAGAAGCCAGCAGGGGAGACAUCUAACUCAAAUAAAAAAUGUAAAAGGUACUUCAAUGAGCACUGGAAAGAAGAGUUCACAUGGCUUGAAUUUGACUAUGAGCGCAAGCUUAUGUUCUGCAUGGAGUGCCGACAGGCCUUGGUAAAGAACAAACAUGGCAAAGCUGAGAAUGCCUUCACCGUUGGCACAGAUAACUUUCAGCGUCAUGCUCUUCUUCGUCAUGUGACCUCUGGUGCCCAUAGACAAGCGCUAGCAGUCAACAGUGAGCAACUUGCAAUGGAAUUACAGUUUCAUCAAGAGAUGAAGUCAGUCAUUAAAGCUGAAAUGGACCCGUCCAAGAUAGCUAUCUUGACCAGCGUCUACUCCAUGGCUAAGGAGGGUAUCUUCCGUGGGAAACUGUGUGCUCUGUUGGAGCUGCAGAAGUUCAAUCUUUGCGAGGCAUUGCUGUCUUCUGAACAAAAUGAGUAUUACCACCCAAGCAGUGUGAGAGAAAUGCAGGUAGCCAUUGUUAAAGUUCUCCAUCAUGAAGAUCGGCAAAGAUUGAAAGAAUCCCCUUACAUCGGACUGGUGAUUGAUGAGACAGUGGAUAUAGCAGAACACAGAAACCUAGUGAUAUUUGCAACUUCAGUAUCUCCAUGUGAUGGACAUCUCUGCAUUACAUUCCUGGGAAGGUUUGAGUUGCCUUCAGGAGAAGCCAACUGCAUAAAAGACAAAGUGCUGGAAGCAUUGAAUGACUUCCAUGUGCCAUUAACAAAGGUUGCUUGGCUUAGUUCUGAUGGUUCCUCUUUGAUGGUUGAUAGGAUUAAUGGUGUUGGAGAGAAAUUACAAUCCGUUUGCCCACUGCUGACAGAACUUCACUGUGUCUUUCACAGAAAGGCAUUGCUUCCAGCUGAAAAUCUUAUAAGCAUUGAGUAUGCAAGUAAAUAUGAAAGUAUUAUGGAUGCAGUGUAUAGGCUAUAUGGGAACCAGAAUGGGGAGAACCAUACCUUCCAGGAACUGCAAAACGUCCUUCAUUUCUGUAGUAUAGACUUAAACGCUGCAGAUACAGUUCACUGGACAUCCAUACUACCUGCAGUUGAAACAAUUGACUCUUCAUGGCCUACAUUAGUGCUUUUGCUUGAAAGUGAAUCUACAAAGUCUCCUAUUGCUAAUGGGCUAUGUGCAGAACUGAAAAAGUUCUGGUUUGUGGCUUUCACCAAGGUGUUGUUGGACAUAUUGCCGAUCUUCCAAAAAUUAAACCAGUUCUUCCAGAUUGAGGAGCUGGACAUGUCAAUGGUGAAGCCCAUAGUCUCAGCAUCUCAGGCAACGUUAUUGGCCCAAAAGUCCACAAGUGGUCAGAACUUUCAGGAAUUUCUUAAUGAACUAAAUGAGCAUCCUGGUGAGGACAAUGAGAGUAGGUUCUUUUACAAAGGAGUGGAGUUAGCAGACUGCUCCAAAUCAAAGCUGAAAAGCUUUGAGCUACUUAAAGAGGCCUGCCUUGAAAAUGUAUGCAGGAGCCUUCAGGACAGGUUUCCUGGUAAUGUGCUCAAAGUGGUAAGUUCAUUUUCUGUUGUUUUCAACCCAAAAUGUUACCCUUCCUCACUGGAUGACAUAGGAACAUAUGGAGAAGAGGAGUUCCGUCACCUUUUGCAGAGUUUCUCUCACAUGUUGGUUUCUGAAAGAGCUUCCAAUGACUUUGCUCUCUUUAAACGUAUCGUCUUCAGCCUCAGUCACUUGACCUUUCGGGAUAUUUGUGUCAAGUUGAUUCACACCAGCUCUGAGAUGCAUGAGCUUUUUCCUGAUUUCACAGUUUUAGCUGCAAUUGCUUUGGUCCUUCCACUCGGAUCUGCUCUCUAUGAAAAAAUUAACCGGGCAGAGGACCUCUGGAAACAAAGCCACCGGCAAGGAAGAGCAGAAGAAGGCCUGUGUGACAUUCUUAAGAUUAGCAUCGACGGACCAGCUCUUAAUGAAGUCGAUUUUGCCAAAGCCAUUGACUUCUUUGAAGACAUGAGGCAAACGGAACCAUUUGCUGCUGAGGAAAAGUGGGACAUGGCACAUCUAAGGAAGUAGCCACCGAGAGAUUCCAUUUAAACUGGUGGUUUGGCCGAUACAGGGUGAAAUUAUAGAGCAUUUUCCUCAACCCAGGAAUAAACUGUGCAAAAAAAGAUUGGUGUAUUGGUUUUAUACCCAUAGUCAGACCAUCUCAAUAUUCCACAUGCUUUGUUCUCUUGAGAAUUCUAAUCUAUUCAUGAUGUCUACUCCAUUUAUUAACUGAUAUGGUUGGUGAAAGCCUUAAAGAGUAGCACAGAGUUUGUACAUAUUCUCUGCUAAUGUUAAUACUUUAGUUUGGUGUAAAUUUAGAUUUUUUUUUUGCAUUUUGCCAUAUCACUCAACGUUAAUUUUUUCAAUGACCGAAUGCCUUUUCAUAAGCAGUGCUGAGCUCUAACACUCAUCUAAAUUGUUAAUACAAACUGAUUCUGACAAGUUUUAUUUCCAUUUCAACACCACCGUUAUCUCUUUACUGAAUGGUAAACAUUGUUGACGUUGGUUUAGAAGUAGGCAGCCCAACUGGAGCUUUGUCAUGUUUCUCCAAAGUGUUUGUUACAGCCCAAACUCUAACACUUUGUUAAGCAGUUACAUUUGCCUGCUUUAGUCUAUUUCAUAAGUCAGUAAUGUAGUUUCUUUUUGCAUUCCUGCAUUUUUCUCUUUUUUUGUAAAAUACUAUAUAUUUGAGAAACUGAUUUGAGUUUUUUUUGUUUUAUUCCAGUAGAUAAUGUAACAUUAGUCCGCUGUUUUGUGAAUCAUCUUUAGGCUUUAAUCUAAUCAAGGCAAGAAUCUUCCAUAUUGUAGUCUCCAUAGGCACAUAAAGCAAUUUAAUUAAAGCUUUAUUAGUAGGGUACUUCUUUUUUUUUUAUGCCAGGUUUUCACCAUCCCAUCCUGCGUUCAUUUAUUUCAGCUGUAAAUAAUAUGCUGUAUGGAGUGUUUUCUAUCAAGCCAAAAAGUAGCCAAACGCAAGUUCUCCAUUUGUGAAUGAGAAUGAAAAGAUUGAGAUUAAAAAUGCUGUUUUUUUUCCAAAGGGCAAUUUCACUGCCUUCACAUUGUGGCUGUUUGUUGCAUGCGCAUAUCUCUUUUAUUACAAUAAAAUACAAAUAUUGAGAAAC